AUGGGGAGAAAAAAAGUAAAUAGAAUUUAUUCCAUGUUUGCGUACGACGAGGAAACUCAAAAAUCUAAGUGUUUGAUGGAGGGCUGUGAUACGACUAUCAAGGGAAACCAUGGGGCAAACUUAUUGCGUCAUUUUUUUUCUCAACAUAGAGCAAAAUACAAUGAAAUCCACAGUUCAAAUUUGGCAGCUAAAGAAAACAUUCUGCCACAGACGUCUAACACCAAAACUGUCUUGCAAUGUUGCACGAGACUCGUUACGGACCACGGUCGUCCAUUUAACUUUAUUGAGGAUAAAGCGUUCAGAGACAUACUUAAAUUAAUACCAGGGGUAACACAGAAUCAGCACCAAGCAAUUAAUAUAAAAAAUGUACGAUCCAGUAUACAGGAUAUGGCUCACGAAGUUCGAGGAAAGAUAUGUAACGAAAUCAAAAAUAAUCUACUCGCAAUCAAAGUAGAUAUUGCAUCUAUUAAGUUACGAAGAUUUCUAGGUCUAAAUAUACAGUAUGUUUUGGAUGGGAAAAUCGUCCUUAGGAAUUUGAGCAUAGUAGAAUUAUUCGAUAGAAGUACAGGGCAGUAUUUAAAAGAAAAUGUAGUUUUUAUUCUUAGUAGAUAUGGAAUAGAGCUAAACCAAAUACAUACGAUUACUACUGACAACGGAGCAAAUAUGAUAAGUAUGACUAAUCAAUUAAAUGAGGCAGCCAGGGACUCAUUAAAUCAGUCAGUAAGUGAGACGUUUGAUGACUUUGACAUCGAAACUGUCAUUGACUAUAACGAGGAAGAUCCAUCUUUUAUAGAACAUAGUUUAGAGCUAGAUACCAGCACAGGUAGUACGCCUGAAGCGGUUCGCACUGUUACAAGCAUACGAUGCGCCGCGCACUGCUUGCAGUUGGCCGUCAAGGAUGCCUGCCAAGAAAUGGAAGAAUUUCUUGGGCAUUGCCGAAAAAUUGUACGUAACUUACGUACACCAACUGUAGCAAUGCGUUUAAAACAACUUAAACUGCAAAAUGCAGUGAUUGAUACGCCUAUUCGAUGGGAUUCUACGGCAAAUAUGCUAGAAAGGCUGCAUAAAUUAAAAGAUUUUUGCACUACUAACUUAGUUUUCGAACCUGAAACAAUUUGGGACUCCAUCGAAAAAUAUUUAAACAUCCUACAACCAUGUAGAAUUCUGUCAAAAAGGCUGCAGAUGGAACAACUUACUUUUGGUGACUUUUACAUUGCUUGGAUGAAGUGUCGUCUCCAAGUCGAACAAAUAGAUGACAACUUUGCCCAACGUUUGUUGUGUUGUCUAAGAAGUCGUCAAGAAAUGCUUUUCACUAAUGAAUACUUUCUCGCCGCUAUUUAUCUCGACCCAAGAGUAAAUGCUACACUUUCGAAUGCUCAACAAAUCAAUGCAAGGGCUGUUUUAGUUGAGACGUACAAAAGAUUAACGCGAUUAGCAACCCCUGAACCUUCUACUUCUGGUGUUGAUGAUGAUGCUCCAGGAACUUCCGCAGAGCUUGAUUCAUGUGGCCAAAAUAUUAAUUUUGACAACUACCUUCGCGAGCAUUUCUUUAGCAUCAGAUACACAACGACAGAUGAACCACACACCUCACAAUCGUUAGAAAGAGAAAUCAAUCUAAAGUUGAUUGCUUUUAUACAAGAACCAGUAUUACCGUCGAAAACAAACGUUUUAGAGUACUGGGAGCGCAAACAGUUUACUGAUCCAUAUUUAUAUAAACUGGCAAAAGUAAUUUUGGUGACUCCGCCGACAAGUGUUAGUGUCGAGAGACUUUUUUCAUCUCUUAAAUUUGUACUUAACAAUUUACGUAUGUCAUUGAGUGACUCAAUUAUUGAUGAUGUUUUAGUAGUAAGAAACAUCCAUUUAUUUGAUGAGGAGUAA